ACUUUAGGCUAAACCCCGUUCAACUUACAUCAAAUGUUGUUCUCUACUCUCGCUGCCACCGUCUUUGGCUCUAUCGUCGCCUCCGCUGUCCCUGCUUCUGUCCCCACUGGCACUGGUCAUACUUGCCCCGCCAAGGAGUUGUGGUCUUGCUCUACUGCUGCUUUGUCCAACUCUGCUGAUGGAUGCUGUGUCGAGAACAAGUCCGGUUUGGUCAUGCUUGCCGCUUUCUGGGAUAUCCAUGCCGGAUCUCUCUAUGAUUUCACCAUCCACGGAACAUGGUCUGACCACUGCUCCGGUGGUACCUGGGACCAGUUCUGUGACAGUGCCAGAGAGUAUCAAAACGUCACUGCUAUUCUCCAGGAUCUUGGUGAAUACCAAUUGUUGCAAGAAAUGAACAAUGUCUGGACUAACAGCGAAGGCUCCACCGACUCAUUCUGGGCUCACGAAUGGGGCAAGCACGGUACCUGCUUCUCUACUUUCAACCCCUCCUGCUACAGCAAUUACAAGACCGGACAAGAAAUGGCUGAUUUCUUCCGCAUGACCGUUAACUUCUACCACAAGUUCAAUGUCUACAAGGCUCUUGAACGUCACAAUAUUGUCCCCGGUCACAAGUACAAGACUGAACAAUUCACCAAGGCUCUCGUUAAGGAAUUCGGAACCGUUCCUAACCUUCAAUGCGAUUACACCACUGGCGAGUUGAACGCUGUCUGGCUCUACUUCCAUGCUAAGGGACCCGUUCGCAACCUUGAGCUUCGCCCCACUGUUCCCAACGCUGCCAACGGAUGCAAUGACACCAUCCCCUACCCCACCAAGUACCCUGGCGAAAUCAACGGCCACUACCCUGAGCUUACCACCAAAUUUAAUUUCUAAAUACGUCUUCGCUAGCAACGUGAGCACAAAAACUUAUAGUAUAAUCUAUGUAGCCCCCAAGCGAUAUAAUACACAUGUCAGUGCCUGUGGCAUUGAAACCAUGCAAAUGAAUGACCACAUCGCUCUUGAGAAUUAUAUUGUUUAGUCUACAACGUAAGACCUGGGUUUACACACCAGUCUUGUCAGUCGCUGCAUAAACGGGA